AUGGAACUCGUAUUCAUUCUUGAAAACGGAACCGAACCGACACCAGUAAGAGCGAUUCGAAGGCCCGAACCACAACUUCAUGCACCCGUUCAUGUGCCCUUUCCGCCUGCAAUUAAUGCGGCUGAUUUAAUACGAACGAAUAAAAGCGGUUCAUUACUGGCCAGAUGUACGAACAAAUUUCUAAUUUAUCGUAAUGAAUUUGCCAAGGAAGUCCGUACGCAGGGACAUAAUCUUUCCAUGAGCGAAGUUUCAUGCUUGGCCGCUCAAGCUUGGAAACAAGAACCUAAUUACGUGAUUAGGAAGUACGCAGAUAUCGCUCAUGAAGUUAAAUGGUUACAUAAACAGUUGUCAAGGUCGAAUUCAAGAAACAGGAGAAGGAUUUCCUCAGAUUCUUCAUCACGUCCCGCCCCAUCCGUUGAUGAACAAACAAUCUACACGACACAGCAAAAGGGGGCUAAUUUAUUAACUCAGCAGUUUCCCACUGAAAUGCUUCGCUUAAAUGAUUUGCAAUAUCAACAACAAACGUUUCAACAACAACAAAAUGACAUAUCUCCUCUCAUUUCUCCCUUAUCACCAUUAACCCCUACAAUGUUCUCUCCUACUUUCAUGUACCAACCUAGACUCCCAGAGGUCGUGACUUCAGAUAUUACAGUACCUUCAAAUGAAAUGAUGUAUUCACCGACAUUAAUGGAAGAGAGACUUUUAAAUCAUGCAGCAUAUAAAAUUCCUGUUGGAUAUUGUAACGAGCCAUUUUCAAUGUCUCCCAACUGGGUUUAUAGUAAUCAGCAAUAUCAGCAAUCAUAUUUGCAUAAUCCUGCAUGUGCAACAAGGAAAUCCGAAACUGUAUUGCAAUUCCUAACUAAAAAUUCUUUAAAUGGAACAUCCGUGGAAUAA